UGGCUGAACGGGGUCCUCACGUCUGGUGACGUAAUUCACCAGCGACGGGAAUUAUUCAAAACAGUAACCCGGCUUUUACAGCAGUAUUACACCAGUGUUUCUGUCCAGGAGCUGAACGUAAUGGCCUUGGAAACGGUCCCCAAAGACCUUCGCCAUCUGCGGGCCUGUCUCCUGUGUUCGUUAGUGAAGACCAUCGACCAGUUCGAGUACGACGGCUGUGACAACUGUGAGUCGUACCUCCAGAUGAAGGGGAACCGGGAGAUGGUCUAUGAAUGCACAAGCUCCUCAUUCGAUGGUGUGAUCGCCAUGAUGAGUCCUGAGGACAGCUGGGUUGCUAAAUGGCAGAGGAUAGGCAACUUUAAGCCAGGUGUAUACGCAGUGUCAGUGACAGGAAGACUACCUCCAGGUGUGGUGAGGGAGUUGAAAAGCAGAGGAGUGAUCUACAAAUCCAGAGACACAGCAGUGAAGACAUAAACCGGACUGCCUCCAGUUCUCUGUUCAGCCACACCAGAGCGGUAUCAGACUGCAGGACCAACUCCAGAGAGAAGUAACAACAGUGGGACUGCAUUUGAUCACGUAUGUGAUGUCUUAAGGAACUGCCCUUCAACUGUUCAAUUUGUGUUUGUUGUUGUGAUUAGAAAUAUUAGAAGUGGGUAUUUUUUAUUUCUUUGGAUAAUUGAGGAAAAAAUAAAGUUCUGUUUUUAUAA